AUGAUCGACAAAACACCGGCACCCUCCCCCCCUCCUCCCUCUGAAUCCCGUCCGCCCUCAUACCACACUUACAACCCCGCCCCACCCAUCUCCCGCACACAAAGCUACACAAAGCGCAAACCGGCCCCGCCCUACGUCGACCCGCGCCCGCACCACAUCCGCGCCGCAAACGCCAGCCUCGACACGUUCCUCACAACGCGCUCGCCGAUGCUCAGCGCGAUCCGGGAUGUGCGCGAUCGUGCCCUGUCCGGAGUUGAUGGAGAAGAGGUGCGGAUUAUGGAGCUUGAGCGGCGGAAGGCUGUCGCAUCUGGGGAGGGGCAGGCAGAGUUGGGGUUGGCGAGGGAGAGGAGGAAAGAAGAGGAGAAGAGGGCACGGGAGGAGGAGAGGAGGCGGGAGGAGGAGGAGCGGGUGUUGAGUGAGAAGAGAGCGAGGGAUGUGAAGGGGAGGGAGGUUAAGAGGUGGAGGAGGGAUGUGCCGAGUGGACGGGAUGUUGCGGUUGAGGAAUCUGAAUGGGAGGGUGGGGAGCUGGGCCGGGGGUGA